AUGGCUGCCCCCGCAACAAAGACGAUUGCCGACCUCUCCGGCCAGUGGGUUAUGAACAAGAGCCUCUCUGACUCUUCUGAGCCGGCCCUCGCCCUCCAGGGUAUUGGCUGGAUGACGCGUAAGGCUAUCGGCUUGGCUACCAUCACCCUCACUGUCAAGCAGUACACCGCCCCGCCUUCCCCUCCCAGCCAAGGCACCGAGCCCGUCACCCACAUCGACGUUGACCAAGUCGCGACGGGUGGUCUUAAGGGCACCUCGGAGGAGCGCUGCCUCGACUCCGAAUUCCGCGAGCACUCGGAUUGGCUAUUCGGCAGCGUCCGCGGCCAGAGCAGCUGGAUGAGCUUCGACGAAAUCGAGGACGAGUUUCUCAAAAAGGGCUGGCUCGAAGGUGAAGGCGAGGCUGUGGGCCCCGACGGCAAGAGCCACAUAUACAGUCACGUCGAGAGCAUUGACAACGGCUGGACCGCCACUCAGGUCUGGGGCUUCCAGACCAUCAACGGCGAGAGACGCCACGCCCGCAACAUUCUCGUCCAAAAGGGCGGCAAGAGAGUCGAGAUCCGUCUCGUCUACGACUGGGUCGCCUAG